AACCAGCAGACACCCUCAUCGGCAACGUCUUCCAAGGUAACGCAACAUCAAAAGGUCCCAGCAUUCAAGAUGGUUUCUCCAGCAAUAGCCUUGGCCUUUAUUCCGUUUCUAAUCACUCUAAUAAUCCGUUACCGCCAUUACUUCCUCCUAUUUUACCGAGCCGUGCUGGUGCGGAAAUUCCAGGAUCAUCUAACAGGUAUCCCGCGAGAGGAAAGGGCUUUUCAAUAUGUCAUCACCCAUGCUAUCCCAGGAGACCCCCAGCAUGUACUCAACACUUUCGACCAAUACUGUUACCACUGCGAGCAUUUGGGGAACAUCGGACCUCACAAAGGGAAAAUCCUGGACCGGCUAAUUUAUGAAAAUGCCCCACUGAAUGUCCUGGAGCUGGGCACAUACUGUGGGUAUGCCACCAUUAUAAUUGCCCAGGCCUUGCCCCUUGGUGCCAGGCUGUACACUGUAGAUGCCAAUCCCAGAAAAGCAUCAGUUGCUGAAAAGGUCAUCCGAUUGGCUGGUUUUGACGAUGAUACGGUGGAGCUCCUCGUGGGACCCUCGGAUGAGAUCAUUCCACAGCUGAAGGACAAACAUGGGGUGCAGAAGUUGGACUUUGUCUUUAUGGACCAUGGAAAACGCCACUACCUCCGGGACCUCCAGUUAUUGGAGGAGGUUGGACUUUUCCAGGAGGGCACCAUCAUCCUGGCAGACAACGUGCUGUUUCCAGGAGCCCCCCACUUUCUUCAGUACGUGAAAUCAUCAGGAAAAUACCAGUGUAAGAUGCACCGUGGCAGCCUGGAGUAUUUCCGCUACAUCCGAGACGGAAUGGCUGAGCUGACUUACACCAAACUCCUGUGAGACGCGGUGUCUGUAGGCCUAGAAUUACACUGAUAGAGACAUUUCUCAGA